UCUCCGGUAGGAAGCGAGAAGACCAUUCAUUCUCAGGGAUAAUGCGACAUAUUCUCUGUAUGUUCUUAUACAUUUAGUUAGAUUUGAGUUUUCGCUGAUAGAGUUUUGAAUGGACUAUAAUUCGGCUGUGUUAACUACAUGUACACGGCUUCUUCUGCUAUGUUUCAUCGGACUAAAGGCAGCGGAGCCGUCGGAGGACGGAGGCGGCUGGUCAUCAAACUCAGAUUUCCGAUUAGAAGAUGAAGGUCUUUGUAACAUCGACGUGUUGGACGGGUCUUCACUCUCACAUCAGCAGUUCAUAGAGAGAUACGCGUACAGCAGACCGGUGAUCCUCAGAGGGCUGACCGAUAACACGCGGUUCCGGUCGUUGUGCUCCAGGUCCACUUUACUAGAAGACUUUGGCGCCCGGAGAGUCCGGCUCAGCACAGCGAACACGUACUCUUACAGAAAAGUGGACGUCCCUCUGCAGGAGUACGUGGACGUGUUACUGAGGCCUCAGGCUGCAGAUGCCCUCGGCAGCGAGACGCUGUAUUUCUUUGGAGACAACAACUUCACCGAGUGGCAGAGUUUGUUUGAGCAGUACGAGUCUCCACCGUACGUCCUGCCUCACACCAGCGGAGCGUACAGCUUCGGGAUCGCAGGUCCUGGAACAGGAGUCCCCUUUCACUGGCACGGCCCCGGCUACUCCGAAGUCAUCUACGGGAGGAAGCGUUGGUUCCUCUAUCCGCCUGACAAGGAGCCGCACUUCCACCCGAACCGCACCACCCUGUCCUGGGUGACGGAGACAUACCCCCAGCUACCGGAGGACGAGGCUCCGCUGGAGUGCACCAUCAGACCGGGAGAGGUGCUGUAUUUCCCCGACCGUUGGUGGCACGCCACGCUCAACCUGGACACCAGUGUCUUCAUCUCCACCUUCCUCGGCUGAGCUCGCCAGCGGUUCUUUCACGGGAGGACAAACGCUCAACAACAAAAAGACUAUUUGAUGUUUCAGCUGUGAUUUCUGGGAUCAUAUUUAAGUCUGAAGGACCACAGUUACAUUCCCCGUUAACACUUUAACUUAGCGAUAUAUCAGCAUGAAACUUCCCCAGUUGAUUACUGACAUUCAAACAACUAGUUUAGCAUGACAAGUUUUCUGAAAUGUUAUGUUUAGAUAUGCAAAUGAGUCAUUAUCUUGCUAAACAUACACAUGCUAAUUUGCAUACAUUUCCAGAACAGAAAUGUGAAUGUUGGAUAAAGCCAGGUGUUUUAUUGUGUGGAUAUAUUUUCACAGAGGGGGUUUGGGGGGGUUAGGGACAUCUCAUCUCUCUUCUCCAUUCAGCCAUGUUUCUAAUAAUCUAACAAUACAAAUACACAUUUAAUGACCAAAAGGAGCUAAAAGAGACAAUACACACACACAGCGAUAAACAUACAUUCCUGUAUUGCGUCACCUUAUCAUCAUUUAGUUCAGUCAGCCGAACUUAAAGUCAUGAAGAACAACGCACUUUCUUCAAGGAAGAAACAAGUCCAACUCAGAGGUAGAAAACAUGGAACAUUUAUUUAAAUCACAACAUUUUCAAACAUCUUUGUGCAGCAGGGGCAUGUUCAGCCUCGAUAAAACGUUUGUUUAAACUGAAA